AUGCAAAUUCCUGGAGAUUUUGAAGCUUAAAUUAGAAUCGUCAAUGAACAAAUGUCCAUUGAUUAACCACAGAUGGAAUAGGAAACCGAGGAUAAAAAUAAAGAACAAGAAGAGGAGUUGACUGAGGAGCAGAAGGAGAGAAGAAGAAAAAUAUUGGAAGUCCAAUUGGCCAAUAAAAGAUUAUUAUAUAGUAUACAUAAUAAGGACAUGGAAAUCUUUAGGGUUAAAAAAGAAAUUGAGGAUCAGAAAUAGUUAUUGGCUGAUCUCCAAUAACAAGAAUUAGAAUAUCAAUAGCAAUCAAAUGACAAUUGUGAAAAGUAUGCCCUCAAUAAAAGCAAUUCAACUUCAAAUGAACAAUUAUCUGCAUCUAACAAGGAAUUGCAAAUCCUUAAUGAUUCCUAUCUAUCUCACAGGGCCUUAGUCUCGUAUGAUACAUACUUGAGAGGAACCCUUAGGGAGUAGGAUCGAAAAAUAUAUGAGUUGGAAUUGAAUAAUGCAGACAUUAGUGAGAUAUCGGCCAGAAUUGAAAAAAUAAAUAAGGAAUACGAAAGAAACAUUCAACCUCUUGUUGUUGGAGACUUUAAGACAUAAAUAGAUGCGGACAUCAAGAGUUCAAAAAAUUAAAUAGAUGCUUUGAGAAACUAAUUUAAAGAAAUUGUAGAUGAUAUUGUGAAACUGCAUGAAAAACAUCUAGAUAACAUAGACAUGUAUUCAACCUUACAAAGACAAUUAUAAGAAUAAUUGUUAGCUAAUGAGUAAUUAGACUAUGAAUUAAGUCAAUUAAAAAAGAGCAAAGAACAAUGUUGA